AUGAGUUUAUAUUAUUCAAUUGAAAUUUAGUUUCUAAUAUAGAUAUUUUAUAUUUUUUUGAUUUGGUUUGAUUUGGUUAAUCUAAUUAGAUUGUGUUUUUGUUUAUAAAAUAAAUACUUUCAUAACUAAAAUUGUUAUUAAGAGAUUAAAAGUUUUAACAAAAAUAAUUAAAAAAGCUCUAAUAUGAACAAAAUUAUUGCACUUUUUGCUUUGGUUUUCUGCACUGUGAUAUCAAUUAAUAUGAUAUAUCACACUAACACAAAUAAGUUCUUACUUGAAUUGGAGGAUAAUGAAGUUGAUUUCUAGUAGGAAUGGGAAAAAUACUAAAAGACUUAUAAAAUACACUUUGAUGAUUCUGGAGAAGAAGAAGAAAAGCGCAGAUUCUAAAUUUUUACAAAGAAUCUUGUCUAUAUCUUAAGCAGACCUGGCUUAAGCAUUACUUAAUAUACUCACCUUACUAAAGAAGAAUUUGCUUAAAUGAGCUUUGGUGUUGUAGAGUAAGAACCAGAUAACUUUUAAUUAUUAUAAUAGGUUAAUGAACCUGUAAAUUCGAUUGAUUGGAUUUCAAAGAAUGCUGUUUCAAAUGUUAAAACUCAAGGCAUGUGCUAGAGCAGUUGGGCCUUUGCAGCUGUAGCUGGUGUUGAAAGUGCUCUCUUUUUGAAAAACGGAAAGAUUCCUGAUGUUUCUGAAUAAAAUUUACUUGAUUGUGAUUAAUCAAAUUAAGACUGCAAUGGAGGUGACAGAGAAAAGGCAAUAUAGUAUAUUUUAAAUUAAGGCUUAACCUCUUAACUUACUAAUCCUUAUAGAGCUUACAAAUAAAAAAAAUGUAAAUUUUAAGUAAAGUAACCUUAUUCGAUCUCUAGAUAUAUGCAAAUAAAUAAUUGCAAAGAUCUUUUAUCAGCCCUUGAAAAUGGACCUGUAAUAAUUGCAAUAGAUGGAACUGAUUUGCAAUUCUACGAAGGAGGAAUUCUUAAUACAAAUUAUUCUUCUAGAAGUGUUGGUGGUCUGCUUGUAGAAUACAACUAUGAAUAAGGAUACUACAAAAUAAAAACUUCACUUGGAAGUAACUUUGGAGAAUAAGGGUAUGUAAGACUUUCUGGUUAAGUAAAAGACGGGAUGAUUCAAAAUACAGCUGGAAUUUGUGACAAAGCCUUCUAAGUAUUUGCCUGA